GAACUAUAUGACGUGUUAAUGCUAGGAUUCAUUGCCUCGUCGGGGUUCUUCAUCGCUGAUCUGUAUCGUGAUCAGUUGCUGCUUGACAUGUGAAUUAUAUAUGAAAGACAUCACGAAAUUCUGCUCCGGUGGCUGUUCUCAACAGCCAGUGAGGCGUCGUUUUAAGCGAAAAAGGAAAGAACCCGAAGGUCUGUAUUCAACUUCGCGUUGCAGACAAAAGACGGAGGAUAUGCGAUGUCGUGUUUGCGGAAAUGUUUUAGGUGGAGCUGUCUCCAAUGACAAACCUGCACCAAAGAUGAAGAAGAGUUUUGAUACCGGCUUCAUUGCUGAAGUUGUUGUACGUCUGUUACUUUUAGGCCUAUUUCUCGUAACAGAGAAGCUGCCUCCUUUCACCCGUGAGAUCCAACCUGAGGAACUCUGGCUCUAUAAGUUCCAUCCUGUCAAAAAGGACCUUGUUCCUACCCGCCUCAUGUUUGCUAUUGCCCUUUGUACUCCGUUACUGGUUAUUUUCUUCUUUGCCUCUUUGAAACAAGGUGAAAAGGGUAACAAAGAUAUCAAAGAGGCAUCCUUGGCUGUGACUUUGACCCUGGUGUUAAAUGGAGUUUUCACUAAUGCAAUCAAGCUAGCUGUGGGCAGGCCACGACCAGAUUUCUUAUACCGUUGCUUCCCGGAUGGCCAAAUGAACUUGGAGCUUCACUGUAGCGGUGACCUGGAUGUUGUAAUGGAAGGCAGGAAGAGCUUCCCUAGUGGACACUCUUCCUUUGCAUUUGCUGGUCUGGGUUUCACUGCCCUGUAUGUGGCAGGGAAGCUGCACUGUUUUAACCCAGUGGGCCGAGGCAAAGCUUGGAGGUUAUGUGCCUUCCUCACCCCUCUACUCUUUGCCAUCUUGAUUGCCCUUUCUAGAACAUGUGACUACAAACAUCACUGGCAAGAUGUGUUUGUGGGAUCUCUCCUCGGUUUGGCCUUAUCCUUCUUAUGUUACCGACAGCAUUACCCAGCUCUCAGUGAAUUGGACUGCCACAUACCCCUCAAAAUAAGAGAGGCAGCAGAACCCAAGCAAGCCAACCCUGGUUACCUCUUACCUUUGUAGGGACUCUUAAUUCUGUCACACCCCACGCAGGCCAACAACCACAAUAAUGUGUCAGAAGUUUACCUUACCAGUGGAUUCUGGAUACACAAACUUACUGAAGCCAAUAUGUCUAUUUUUGUAUAUGCUGCCUGUCAGCCAACGGGUACUUAUUGUUCUUGCCUUCCUAUACUGUUGUAGACAUUCGCAAUGGAUGUUUUGUGUAUUGUCAAGCUGUUUUUUGAAAAUGUUUUAACAACUUUGUAUCAUGUCAAGCUCUUUGAGGUUUAUAUGUGAUAUAUAUCAGUGAAAGACCGUAAUGUAAUGUUACAGCAGCUUCUAUAUCUAUUUUAUUAUAAAAGACUCCAUUAGAGACUGGAUGAUGAAAGGAAAUCUUCUCCCAAUAUCUUUGUCAAUAAAGUUUGUGAUUUCUAACAUUUAUAAUGGAUUGGCUGGAAUGUGUUAAAUUAAUUUAGUAUACUGUAUGUCAACACUAUAGUGCAUUAUUUUCUAUGAGGAGAACUUUGGUCAGUGUGCUAUCUGUCCAUAGGGGAUGAGGUACAGUUUGGAUCAUUACUAGAAGAACAGAAUGUCCCAACAAUGUGUCAGUGAUGUAAUUGCUGUUUUGUCAAGUUAAACAAACAUGAAAACUAAUUUAUGCUUCAUAGGAUCUUAUAAAUAUUCUUCUUAAGGCUUUUGCUUAAAUGCUUAAAAUGUGUUUUGUAGAAAUGUUUUUUGUGUCAAUGACUUUAUAAUAAAAUGUGGAAUGUAGGAAUAAUAAAAAAAAAG